AUGAGGUCAUCAAGGAAGAAGCGAAGCUGUUGGCAAGAAGAACAACGGACUAAUGAGUGCAUCCGUAGAGACCACCAUACGACGCCGUACGAUCGCCCCCUCACUGCUCUCAGAGGAAUUAUCACCGGCGCCACCAACAAUAACAACGCUAGCCGGUCGAAUAAGCUCGUGAUGGACCCGGCCUCCAAGCUCAUCUCUUAUGGGGCUCACCGCUUCUUUGGCAAAAGCCUUCCACCUCCUCCUCAACUACCAAAGGCAAAUAAUGAAUUGAGCGACGGCCUUCAGGAGGCGAUUCCUAAUAGUCAAUCUGGUGCAAAAGAACCUGCAGAUGGUAGUAGUAGUCAUCCAGUAAAUCACUCUGACAUUGGUGGGAUAUCUGAGCUUGAGCAACUGUUAAAGCAUAUGACAUUCACCAGAUCUGAGAUUGAACUCCUCACGGAAAUAUUACGUUCACGAGCUGAAGAAGUGCCGGUUGGCAAAAGAACUCAAGAAGCAUUACCUGAGCUAGCAUCCGAUUUGGGAAGGCAUCAACAGUUAUCGAGUACUUCAUUGGAAGAAGAUAGAUAUCAUGGAGUCAAUACUACUAUAGCCAGUUCAAGAGUCCUUGAGGAUGAUAUUGCUUCUCCAGCUGAACUUGCAAAAGCUUACAUGGGUAGUGGGGCUUCAAAGAUAUCACCAUCAAAGUUGGGGAUGCGCAGUCAAAUUGGUAGGGAAGAUGCAAGAUUGCUUAGCAAUGUUCCAUUUACUCCAAAAGCACCUGUCAUGUCAUCGACAACCAGAGCUGCUGUUGACGUUGGGGUUCCAGAGAAUGGUUUUAUAACCCCAAGAUCUCGAGGCAGAUCAGCAAUUUACAACAUGACUCGUACUCCAUAUCCCAGAGUUAAUCCAACGGCCAUUCUCAAGGGUUCUCUUUUUGGUAAUGGUAGUGGAUCUCUGGAAUCUGACACUGUUGCUCAAAGCAUGCCUAUUUUAUGUGGGUCAUCUUUACCCUCUUCUAGUAUCACUAACAAUACAUCAUUUGCAUCUUCCUUGGCCAAUUCCCAAGUGCCCAGUACAAAUAGUAAUUUUGGUUUCAGUUCUGUAGCUUCCUCAUCUGAAAGCAAUGCAGUUGUCCCUGGCAGUGGACUAACAGUUAGUGUAUUCAAUUUCGGUGUGAGUUCUGCUGCUUUUUCAGAUGGUGGUGCCAUUAGCUCCAGCAGCGGUGCCACUCCUGGAAUAUUUAGUUUUGGUCUCAGUUCUUCCUCUUCCUCCGCCAAUGUAGUUGGCUCUACCAGUGGAGCCGCUCCUAGUGUAUUCAGCUUUGGUAGCAGUUCUGCAGCUUCCACGUCGGGAAUCAAUGCUGCUAGCUCCUUCAGCAGUGGUACUUAUGGUAUAUUCAGACUUGGUGCAAGUUCAUCGGCUCCCUCUUCAGCUACCAACGUGGUUAUCUCCAGCAAUCCUACUUCUAACUUAUUUGGUUCGAGUUGGCAAAGUCCCGAGUCUCUUAUUCUUGGUUCCACUUUCACUUCUCCAUCCUCAUCAACUGGAUUCGCCUUUGGUGCAUCAGCUUCUUCUUUCACAGCUACAAACACUGCACCAGUGGUAUUUAAUUCGUCCACUGGGGCCUCAUCAAACCCCUUUUUUUCAUUUACUGCAGCCUCAGCUGCAGCCUUAUCUUCACCAUCUCUAUCUCAUACACAGACAGUAUUUGGUAAUCUUCCUGCUUUUGCAGCCUCUCCUGGGAAUGGUCUGAUGAAUGCCGAAGACAGCAUGGCUGAGGAUACCAUUCGAUUGUCUGCACCUUCUGUUCCCGUAUUUGGUCUACCAACUGUCUCACCUUCUCCCCCAGGACUCAUGUUUGAGAGCCAACCCAAUCCCUUUCAAUUAGGUGGCCAGCAAAAUCAAGUUGCCCUUCAGACAUCUGCACCUUCUGUUCCCGUAUUUGGUCUUCCACCUGUCUCACAUUCUCCCCCAAGACUCAUGUUUGGGGGCCAACCCAAUCCCUUUCAAUUAGGUGGCCAGCAAAAUCAAUUUGCCCUUCAGACAUCUGCACCUUCUGUUCCCGUAUUUGGUCUACCAACUGUCUCACCUUCUCCCCCAGGACUCAUGUUUGGCCGUUUGGGUCACAACCCAAUCCCUUUCAAUUUGGUGGCCAGCAAAAAAAAUCAAGUUGCCCCACAGAACUUCAGGCAUCGACUAGUCUAG